UGUUUUGUCCGAUGAGUGUUCGUUGAGGAAAGCGAUUACGUAGGACAACCAAGUCUUCCAUUACCACUCAAGUACUCUUCCAAGUUCCAUCUGAUCGAAGAAGACCAUAAUUUCUAACCAUUUAAAAAUCUCUACUUUCGGUAUCUUUCUCCAUUUCCCAUGGCUUCUUCUGCUUCCUCCAGUACAAUCGCUUCUCCGGCGACAAAUAACAGCAGGUACGACGUUUUCAUAAGUUUUAGAGGCGAAGAUACUCGCUUCUCUUUUACCGAUCAUCUCUACGAGGCGUUAGUGGGAGCAGGAAUUAGAACAUUCAGAGACGAUGAUUCAAUCAAUAGCGCUGCAGAUCUGAAACCCGAAAUAGAAAGAGCAAUCACAGCAUCUAGGGCUUCAAUAGUUGUAUUGUCAAAAAAUUAUGCAAAUUCAACCUGGUGCCUUGACGAGCUUGUGUUGAUCAUGGAACGAAGAAAGACCUUUUAUCAUAUAGUUAUACCUGUUUUUUACCACGUUGAUCCCUCCCAUGUUAGAGAACAAGAAAAUAGUUUUUCCUUAAAAGUCAACACCGAUGUCCAAGGGUUCCAAAUUAAGGUGGAACGGUGGAAGGCAGCCCUUACGGAGGUUGCUAAUUUGGAGGGCAAGGUUCUUACUGGGCCUGAAACAAAGUUUAUAGCAGAUAUUGUAAGCACAAUUGGCCAUAAGCUACGUCUCAAAUUAGUUUCUACUCCACCACAUCUAACAGGAAUGGACACACGAGCUGAAGCUAUAAAUUUUUGGGUGAAAAAUAAACAAGAUGCUGAAGUUCUUACAAUUUGUGGCAUAGCAGGAAGUGGAAAGACAACACUGGCCAAAUAUAUAUACGAAUCCAACUUGUUAAAGUUUGAAAGCAGUAGUUUCCUUGAAGACAUUGGAAAGAUCUGUGAACAACCUUAUGGUUUAUGUGCACUACAAGAACAACUUCUUGCAGAUAUUUUGGAGGAGAAGAAAAAAGAACUCGAUGUUACUUGGUAUAAAAGUCAGAUUGAAAACGUGUUACAAAAGAAACGCGUGCUUAUUGUUCUUGAUGACAUUGACAAAAAGGAACAACUAGAAGCUUUACUUGGAUCUGAAAAGAUUAAUACAGAAAGCAAGAUUAUCAUCACAAGUAGGCUUCCAACUAUACAGACAUGGUUUAUGUCUACAUAUUUAAAAUGUAAAGAGCAUAAACUCGAGUUAUUAAACGAACAUGAAUCAUUAGAGCUUUUAAGUUGGUAUGCUUUUGGAUCCAAAAUCCCCAUGGAAGGUUUCAAGGAGCUUGCAUCAAAAGCAGCAGAAUAUUGUUCAGGAAAUCCAUUGGCUCUUAAACUACUCGGUUCUUUAUUUGUUAAUUCUAAAGAUCCAAGAAAAAGAAACAACAUAGAUUUUUGGAUAAGUACAUUGAAUUUGUUGGAAAGAGAUCCUGAUUACAGAAUACAAGGGAUACUCAGAAUGAGCUAUGAGUAUUUGCCAUUUUUGACUUACAGAGAGUUGUUUUUGCAUAUUGCUUGUUUCUUUAUUGGUGAAGAUGAAGAUUAUGUGGUGAAGAUAUUGGAGCCUGAUUAUUGUGCAACAGCUGGGAUUGUAACUUUAAUUAAAAGAUGUCUUCUUACUGUUUCACCAAGUAAGAAGUUGAUGAUGCAUGGAUUGUUUAUAGAUAUGGCUAGAAGAAUGGUGCUUGAUGAAUCACCUUUAAAUCCUGCAAAAAGGAGUAGAAUUUGGUGUAAUGAUGACUCUUAUACUUUGUUAAGACAAGGAAAGGGUUCAGAAACUAUAGAAGGUUUAGCACUUGACAUGCGACUAGUGAGAGAAGAGAAGGAUACCAUGCCAGAAGCAUUUGAGGCAGAUUCACUUGCAAAAAUGGAUAAUCUAAAGUUGCUUCAGCUCAAUUAUGUGGAAUUAAGUGGAUCAUAUGAUGAUUUUCCAGAAGAUUUAAGAUGGUUAUGUUGGCAUGGAUUUCAAUUAGGAACAAUUCCUUCUGAUUUCUUCAUGGGAAAUUUGGUUGCUAUAGACAUGAGUUACAGCAGAUUGCAGCUCUUUGAACCACCCAUGGUAAUUAAACCAUUGAAGAUUCUAAACUUCAAAGACUCGCAUAGUCUCCUCAAAAUCUGCAACAUCUCCAGACUUCCUAAUCUUGAGACAUUGAUUCUUUGGAACUGUUACAGUUUAGUUCAUGUUUGUGACACCAUUGAAGACUUAAAAAGUCUAUCUCUUUUAAACAUGACAGGAUGUGAACAUCUCUUAAAAGGCUCAAAUCUUAAGUUUCCACAUUCAUUAGAGCGAAUAUGGCUUAAAAAUUGCAACAUUGACUUUGAGCUUAAUGCUUACUCAAUAUUGAGCUUCCAAAUCCACUCGAUGUUGCAGUAUUUGCAUUUGGGGAAUAAUUUGUUUGAGUUUUUGCCUGAUUACAAUCAUCUUAAGAGUUUAAGGGUUCUUGAGUUGAGUUUUUGUUCAAGACUUAAGAGAAUUGAGUGUCUUCCGAAUACGUUAGAAGAGUUGUUUACUACUUGUUGUGAGUUGUUGGAGAAUAUAAGUUUUCAAUCACAUCGGUUUACAUUGAGGGAGUUUGAUUAUGAAGGUUGUAUUAAUUUGUUGGAAGUUGAAGGGCUUUUGAAAUUGGUGCCAAUUUUUAGAAUUGAUGAAAGGGAUUUGGGACAUAUGAAGUGGCUCAAAGAUUAUCAAGAUCUUGAGGUGUCCUUAAUUGGUGAUUAUCAGCUCACAUCAGGCAGAAGUCACCAUAUCCAGAUGUUAUAUGAAUUCGGGAUCACAAGCACAUUUCUCCCAAACAUAACCAAUCCAAACAUAACACACGACUACAUCUCCCAAUCCUCAUCCUUAUCCUUCACCAUACCUCCAUCUCCUAAAACUCUCAAAGGCCUCAACAUAACAUUCAAAUACACAAUCACCGAAGAAAAACACCAACACAACCAACCAAUAUUCGCUAAAAUCACCAACACAACAAAGGGUCUCGAUUUAAUCUACAACCCAAUGGUAUUUGGUAAACCUAAAUUCAAUGAAGUUGCAAUAUGGUUAAGCUAUUGGUCAAUGGGAAACCUAUUAGACAUUGGUGAUAAAGUCAACGUGUGUUUCAUUGUGGAAAAUGGAUUGGAAGUGCACGAAUGUGGUGCAAAGCUUGUGUAUGCUAAUGAAGAUGAUGACAUGGAAAAUAACAUGGAAUGGGAAGAGAGUCUUUUGGGGGAUCUUUCUAGAUUUAAGCUAAGCACAGACACGUAUUAUUUAUGUCGGCGUGAUUUUUUUAAGUCUAUGGAGGUUGAUGGGCCCACACCAAGUUGGUUUAGGGAUUCGGUUGGGUAUAAAAUUGAUUAUACAGAGAUACAAGGAUGGAGAAAAACCGGUAGGUCUCAGAAGCCAUAAGCAUGAUUUUCACGUGUGGAAACUUCAACUUCGGUAGAUUUAUCCAUGGUCACAAAUUUGUAUGUUAUGUGUAAAUAUAUUGGGAAUUUUUAGCUUUAUUCUAGAGAUGAGAUUGAAGUAAUUCACUUCAUGCAGAAUUUGUAGCCAUCAAAUGCUUAAGAUUCAAAGAGAUGGCUGUGCUGACAUGGAACUGAUCUAUGAAUCACAAUAUAAAGAAGGAUAACUUAUGGUUUGAUCUUGUUACAUUUCGAUGCAAUUUCUGAUAUUUAUGUUAAGAGGAGUGUGAUAGUAUGGGUUUUGGGUGUUUAAAAUAGUUGAUUUUGUUUAUUAGGCAACAAGUGUAUUCUAUCUAGGUUUGAGAGUUUAAAGAAAGAUAGUAUUAAGUAUCUUUCAGAAUGAGUAAAUUACAAAUUUCCCUCUUAUUCAUCAUUUAGUCAUUUAGUUUAGGGUUAAAUGCAAGAAAUAUCAAUGACUUUUCCAAAAUGUACCUAUCAUGGCAUUCUAAUUUAAUUUUUAGUAUAUUAUAUG